AUGGACCCUCUUCUCGCUGCCGCAGAAACCGCUGUUGCAGACCUAGCCAGAACACCCUCCCCGCCAAAUACCCCUCCAUCCGCCGCAACGCUUCCACCGAGCCGCCUAUGGGCCAUCGGCGACAUCCACCUCUCCUUCAAAGGCAACCGUGAAGCCCUGGAAAAGCUUGUUCCCCAUCCGCACGAUGACUUGAUCCUCUGCGGUGAUGUCGGAGAGACGGCUGAGCACUGUCGCAUGGCUUUCACCAAAGCCAAGGAAUGCUUCAAGGACGUCUUUUGGGUGCCGGGCAAUCACGAGCUAUACACUUUGCCUGCAAACAAGGAGAACGGCGCAAGAGGCGAGGCAAAAUACAUGGAGUGUGUGGAGAUUGCUCGCGAAUUUGGCAUUUUCACGCCCGAGGAUGACUACGUGCUGUGGCAGGGCGAGGGAGGGCCAUGUCUGAUUGCGCCCAUUUUCACGCUGUACGACUACAGCUUUCGCCCAGAUUCGGUAAAACUACAAGAUGCUCUCGCGUGGGCAAGAGAACAAGAUAUUGAAGCGACCGACGAACACCUACUGCAUCCAGACCCCUACUCGUCGCGAAUCGAAUGGUGCAAUGCCCUUGUAGACAAGACGGAGAAGAAGCUUGAAGCGGCUGUGGCUGCGCACCCAGACAUCCCGCUGAUCAUAGUCGGGCACUGGCCCUUGCGAGAAGAUCUCGUGAAGCUGACCAAGGUUCCCCGGUUUUCGCUCUGGUGUGGCACCAAGCGGACAAAGGAUUGGCACAACAGGUUCAAUGCCAAAGUGGUUGUGUCUGGCCACUUGCAUAUCAGGAGGACAGAUUGGAUCGAUAACACGCGCUUCGAGGAAGUAAGCUUAGGCUAUCCAAGGCAAUGGCACAAUUGCGUGGAACAUGGACUGGAUAUCAACGACUUGCUCCGUGAGAUACUGCCUGGGCCCAAGACGCCGCCCGAAGGGGAGCGCCGCACUAUCUGGAGACAUUUCGGAUGA